UUUCCUGUCUUUCUCCAAUUAUCAGUACAUGAUAACUUUGCAUCAAAUAUAAUGGUUGCUUAUCAGAAGAAUUUAAUGAAUAUGUUCGUAAUUUUGUUGAUGGUUUCUUAUUUAACUUUUGGAUAUGUGUCCUUAUCUACUGGUGGAAAUGACUGCAUGCAAUAUCGGAUGAUAGAAAAACUGACAUAUCUUGAAAAUGAAAAUUCGAAACUUAUGGAUAGAAUUUCCCGGCUAGAGCAACAGAUGCAACCAGUCGUUUCAGUUUAUGUGCGAUUGUCUAAAACAGUUAAUCUUAAAUUGCAUGAAAGAGUAAUGUAUGACAUGGAAAUCACCAACAUUGGCGGGGCAUUUAAUUUCAAAACGGGACAGUUGACGGCUCCAGUAUCUGGUAUUUACUUCAUUAGUGUUUCAGCAUGUCUUUCCCAUGCUCAAUACAGUAACCUAGACAUUAUCAAAGAUGGACUUAAGAUCGGAGUUGUUAGAUCAGGAGAUGUGGAAUGGGUUGAUUGUUCAUCUGCUUCUUUAAGUACUCAUUUCAACUAUGAAGAUAAUAUCUGGAUAGAAAGCGGUACACCUUCAAAUGAUGGAUCCAAGUUAUAUGAGGGACGUGGAUGGAACACAUUUACAGCAACACUCAUACAUGUAGACUAAACUAAAAUUGAUAAAAACAAAAUAAAGAAAAGCCGGGAAUCCCUACAAAUCGUAAAAUAAGUUAUUCUUGGACAGACUACAUUUCAAUGACAAAAUGUUUCCAGUGCAAAAUAUGCUAUAUUAAGCAUAAUAUAACUUUUUCUCAUUGUU